AUGAGAAAGGUGCCUACUGAAGAUUCCUCUGGUGAAGACAUUCCUGAAGAAGAAGCUGUUGGCAGGAUUUGUUUGGUUGGGCCUUCACAAGGUGGUGAUACUCUUAAAAUGGAGUGCAGCUGCAAGGGAGAGUUGGCACUCGCUCAGAAAGAAUAUGCAGUAAAGUGGUUUAGCAUUAAAGGGUACAAGACAGAAUUGAUAUCAAAGUAUGCUGCAACCUAA